AUGGCUUCUAAACUCACGAUCGGACUGCCGAAAGUCUAUGCCAACCAAGGAAACAAAUGUGUUCCACCAACAAAUGAUUUCCUCGCCGGGACCUGGCAUGUAACACAUUCCACCCUUCCAAUGUGGAAGGACAAACGCAACGUCAACAUCACCUACACAACGCUCCCUGCCGAUUCUUCGGGUGUGGUGAAAAUCGAUGACCUGGUGAAAUACCAAGGCAUUAAUUCGGAGAAAAUCAAAUCGAUUAAUGGAGUGGAUACGCCAUCUGCAGGUAACCAAGGCGCUUGGGAUUGGCGUGGUAAAGGCUGGUUGAUGAUUGCAAGCUCUCAUUGGGAAGUUCUUGGCUUUGGCCAUACGGAUGAUGGUAACCAGUGGGUUGUGACCUAUUUCGCCAAGACUCUCUUCACGCCUGCUGGUAUUGAUAUCUAUGCCCGAAACAAGGAGGGACUUGCUCAAGCUACCAUUGACGACAUUCUCAAAGCUUUGAAGGAUUUCGAAGUUAGUGAUAUCACGGCCCUGGCCGAAAGCGUGUUUACAGUUUUGCAAAACUAG